AACCGCAAAAACGUUGUUCUCACUUCUCACUUCUCAGCUAUAUACCCGUUUUCCCUCUCUCAUAUAUAUAUAGAGAGAGAGAAAGUGGUGCAUUAUGCCAUAAGCACAUUUGUAACACUUUUUAGAGAGAGAGUUUUAGCAAUGGCUUUAUCGACGGGGCAGAGUAACAGCAGCAGUUAUGAUCUGUCCUUUAAGAUCUUAUUAAUUGGAGAUUCUGGAGUUGGCAAAAGUAGUUUGCUUGUUAGUUUCAUUUCUAAUCUUGUUGACGAUCUUGCCCCUACCAUUGGUGUCGAUUUUAAGAUUAAGACGCUCACUGUUAGUGGGAAAAGACUGAAGCUUACCAUUUGGGACACAGCUGGACAGGAGAGGUUCAGGACACUGACAAGCUCCUACUACAGAGGGGCUCAGGGGAUCAUUCUUGUCUAUGAUGUAACAAGAAGAGAGACCUUCACAAACCUGUCUGAUGUGUGGGCAAAAGAGGUGGAGCUGUAUAGUAAUAAUCAGGAUUGUGUAAAGAUGCUGGUUGGAAAUAAAGUUGACAGAGAAUCUGAGAGAGCUGUGAGCAGGGAAGAAGGCAUUGCCUUAGCAAAGGAACUUGGAGGUCUAUUUCUUGAAUGUAGUGCUAAAACUCGAGAAAAUGUGCAAAACUGCUUUGAAGAGCUUGCCUUAAAGAUAAUGGAGGUGCCUAGUCUCCUGGAAGAAGGAUCAACUGUAGGGAAGAGAAAUAUCUUGAAACAGAAACAAGAACAGCAAACACAACAGGGUGGUGGUUGCUGCUCAUGAAACUCUUCAAACUCUAGGACCAAUGACAAAAUGUGCACUAGAUGGUACUGAAAAGUCGCAGUUAAUCAAAUAUUCAAUUGACAAAGUGUGCACUAGAUGGUGCUGAGAAGUCAAGAGUUAAAUCACAUGUGUAUAUGCUGUUUUCUUUUUCUUCUUACUGUUGUUAUCCUGCUGCUCUGGAAGUGGUUUAGAAGUCUCAUGUAAAGUAAUUGGUUGAUUUGGUUAUUGGUCAAUGUUCUUGUUAAUAUCUGCCAGAUUGCUGUCAAAUUGGGUGUGUUUCAUAAAUUUAAUGUCCAUUUCAUCACUAA